AUGGCAGCGGGAACGAGAGGCCGCGCCGCGAUGCAACUAGCUGGUGAUGUCAUCCACAACUUCUUCACCGGCUCCUGUCAGGAAGCCAUGCCCACGUCCACAGAAAGAGAGGCCAUCAGGCAGAAGAAUCAGCUCGACGUGAUCAAUCUGAUUCUUGAGCAUGUGGUGGGCCCCGGUGACUUUUUCUCGUCUGAUGAGCGCGCGGAAUUUGCCGCGGAGGCUUAUGCAGCUUGGGGGACCUGCAAAGGCUGUCUGGCUGCGAAACAGCAGGGCAUCACGCCAGGAGUCCCGUUUGCCCAGUACAAUCACGACGAGAUCGAUCACGUCUAUGUCACCGACGGUCCGUUCAGAGACAUUGCACAUGCAAUUGUCAACCAUCAGCAGAUGCUAGAUAAGCCUUUCUUUGACAGUGUCUUGGGACGAAUUGAGGAGUAUCGUGCCAAGAACAAAACUGCCGGUGAUGAGUAUGGGCCAGAUGAAUACAACGCAAUGGCCAUAGAGCUUGCCACCGUCGCAGCACUUUGCUCCGGCGUGAGAGCCUUUUUCGGAGCCUCUGGGUUGCCAUGCCCUGAACUCCCGGAAAAGCCCAGGGUCUGCCAGCCAGCUCAUUUCAAGAGUGUCUCCAACUACGCAAGCGGCUCGUUGAACACGAACAUGGCCAUCGCAUGGGGUCCGUUUUUGUAUGCGUCACAACUCCGGGAAGAUGUUGCAGCAUAUCCCGGCUUCGACAAGACAACGUGGAUGUUCGCCACGGCAGACGAUUCAGCUCCCACGUCAAAAGCCUCCGCAUCGCCUUUGACUUGCAUGGAUUUCCUCCGCUUCGCCAAUGUCAUGUACUUCCCAGUAGAAGAUGCGACAAGGUUCUUCAAAGUACCCGGCGAGGAGUCUCAUGCAAGCGCACUGAACCUCGCGCAAGAUGCUGUCAGGGGGGAGCGGUUGCCCCUCCAUACUGAAAUUGCUGCGCUGGCUGCCGCUGUCGCUGCGAACCCAGAGAAUGCUCAAGAAGCUCAAGAUGCCCGUGAUGCCUUGGUGUCCGCGGCUGGCAAUCGUCAUGCUUUGCUCGAUGCAGCAGGCAUCAUUGCCUGGUUCGCCACGAUCACCACCGUGGUAGACUUCAGUGGGCAUUACAACAGCAAGGUGAUCGUGAUUCUUGACAGGAUCGCUAGCAUCCUGAGGGCCGGCCGCAAACUGCGGGGCUUCUUCAAGGAUCCGUUUGAAUCAAUGGGUCUUUGCAAGGAGUAG